AAUCGAUCGAUAAUCCAUAAUUAGAAAAUGGUGUUGCUGAGGAUAAGAAAAAAAGAUGAGUCCCAAAGAAGAAUCAGACAAUAUAGGUUCUGCAUUGGAAGCAGUUAUCGCUAGUGUUGGUGAAUUAGGGUUGUACCAACGUUUGCUAUGUAUAGUGAUGCUACCGUUUGGUUUUGCAUGGGCGUUCUCGUAUUUUGUGCAAAUGUUUAUCACAGCUACACCUCAGGAACACUGGUGUAGAGUGCCUGAAUUGGCAUCGUUGGAUAUUAAUCUCAGACGACAAUUAUCGGUACCAUCCACAGGAGACUACGAUGUUGAUAAUUGCAUGAUGUUCGAUGGUAAUUGGACUCAAGUGUUGGAGACAUUACGACCACCAGAUGCAAAUACACCACUAGUUCCUUGUCAGAAUGGUUGGGAGUUUAUUUUGGACGAUAUUCCUUAUUCUACUGUUGUGAGCGAGCGUGAGUGGGUUUGCGAUAAAGCUAGCUUGGUGCCUUGGACGCAAUCCAUAAGUUUCCUUGGGUCAAUCGUCGGUGGUAUACUAUGUGGUACAUUAGCUGAUAGAUAUGGGAGACUGCCCGUUCUUAUAUUAUCCAACAUAUCCAUAGCCCUGUUUUUCGGAGGAGGUUGUAUCCUACUCCCCUGGAUAGCUCUAUGGGUCUCUGAUUGGAAGUUACUUAUGAUAGUUACUUCGAUACCAAUGAUUGUGGGGUUCUUGGCGCCCUUCGUGGUACCGGAGAGUGUGAGGUGGUUGGCGACGAAGGGUCGGAUUGAUAAAGCCGUUGAGGUGCUCAAGAGAUUCGAGAAAAUUAAUGGCAAUAAAAUACCUCAGAAUGUGAUGGAUCAAUUUAUUCUUACCGCCAGAAACACGAAGGACGAAGACCACGGCAUCACCCUGAUCUUCCGAACUCCCUCCCUGCGCCGCAUGGUGCUGUUUCUUGUGUUCACGUUCAUGUCCGUCGCCGUGAUGUUCGACAGCAUCAUCCGCAUGUCGGAGAACCUUGGCCUGGACUUCUUUGUCACUUUCUCUAUCACUUCUGCUACGGAAUUACCGUCGAUCGUGGUUCUUUUGCUGCUUUUGGACAGGUUAGGACGGCGCUGGCUGGUGUUUGCGCCGAUGAUGGCUGCAGGCGCCUUAUGUCUCAUAACUGCGUUUGUACCUCGAGGAAUAAUAUCAGUCUCCCUAGCCGUAGUGGCGCGGUUUUUCAACAACAUGUCGUACGUGGCCAUUAUCCAAUGGACGCCAGAACUGAUGCCGACGGUAGUGCGCGCUUCUGGCGCGUCGUUUGUGCACAUUAGCGCGUUCGCUGCUGUCAUUGUGACGCCGUUUAUUGUGUAUUCUGACCGCGUAUGGGAAGGCCUAUCGCUAAUCAUAGUGGGGGUGGUGGGGCUCAGUGGGGCGUCUCUAGCGCUGGUGUUACCUGAGACCAAGGGGGAGAGGAUGCCGCAGACCUUGGACGAGUGGGAGGUGAUGGCGAAGGUCCAGCCGGUUAAGAAAACGCAGUCUGCACCCCUCGGCCAAAUCGAUCCCAGCUGAUAUAAGGUUAUUUAUUUAAUAAAAAAUGUUUUUGAUA